UCUCACUGGCUUUAUUACUCUCUGGUGUUGUACCUUACCGUCCCUUCCCCUCAGCAAGUCUCCCGCAAGACAACAAGCACACAACAUAUACCUCCACACGUGAGAGUGCCUGCAUCUAGUUUCUGUAGUCGUAUCCACAACAUAUUUCAAUAUAUAUUGCAAGGUCCAGGAAAUUGCAGACAGUAGCACAACCUUUCUCCUCUACAACAUUCCAGCCCCAACUGUUUGUUCUACCUGUGUAACUGAAGUACUGUUUGUCUCCCCUGCACUGACUGGUGCUGCUGGUGAAGACAAGGAUGCUGGCGAUGAUUCAGGGUGUAUGGUGUGUCCACCCUGUUGGGAAGAAGCCCCUCAGGCCCCUCAUUUAUUGUGUGUCAACAGACAGUAACCGCCACAGCCCCGCGGCGCUAGCGACACCAGGCGGUGGGAUUACGCGCGCUGGGUCCGGCUCAGGCGACCUCUAGCGGCCGGCCAUGCUUUAUGGCUGCUGGGGUCGACUUGCAGUGUAAAUCGGCAGUUAAUUUCUUGGCCGGCAUCUCUCGGUAAUCCAAGUUAAGAUGUCGUCUGACCCAUGGUCGCCUUUCCUCUACCAUGCAACUCACAGUCACCGCGAGCGACGAAACUAGAGAAAGCAGACAUCCUGGAAAUGACUGUAGACUACAUCAAGAAGGUGGCCGAUAAAAGAGAAGGUUCAGCACGUGACGGAGGAGGAAGCAAGAACUGCGCUCCAUUUGUCGAUGGUGUCCGCCGGUGUCUCGAAGAAGUCGACACUUUUCUCGAGAACCAAUUGGACAUAAAGCCGGAAGUACGUCACAAGCUAUCGUCUCACUGCCGCCAACAACUGUGCAGCCUUGACGUCACCGUUAGGUCCACGUCACAUGAAGCAUCUUCACCCUCGUCACCGGAAGUCAGCAGUGAAAAAGUCGUCGCGAUGGAGACGAGCGCCGAACCGGCUGACACCAAGGAACCCUCUCUGAAAGCUUUGGCCGAAGCGGAAGACUCCAAGACAGUGCUGAGCCCCGCGCAUGCGCAGUCUGCCACAGCUUACGUGGCACCAUUUCAUUACUCGACGACUGUCUCUCCUCCCGAGGAUGGCGCGGCGAUACCAGACAGCAAGAAGACUGGUUGUGAAGAUGUCGGACUGCGGUUCGCGGGGCCGCUGAAACUCAUCUGCGGGGGGAACGUGUUCAUUGUUGUGGAUCCACAGACGCAGGCCAAAGGUCAGGCGGACAGCGUGCGACCCACAGUCGCCACCACCACCACCAGUACCGCCACCAACACCCACUACAUCUACAACCCCGUCAGUCUUCUCACCCCACCGCCUUUCACCUUCCUAUCGACCCUCCCGCACACAACAGUGGCGCCCUCCCACGGACAGCACUCUGCCCACGUGACCUGCAGUUCUGGUGGAGGAAAAGUUGCGUCAUUUCCGAUCGAGAACUCUUUUGCGCAUGUGCGCCAGGGAACUUCACCCCAAGGUGGGUCUUCGCCAGGUGUGUCCUCCAGUGCUGCGAGUGAUGUGAACAACAACAACAUACUUGAGGUGCGACAGUCUCUGACCACCAUGUGGAGGCCGUGGUAAAUGCCACUCGCACCCUCCCAGCCACCCUCCCCACACACUCACUCACUCACUCCGCCAUUGGGAUUACAGCAGUUUGAUACAAAGCACGAUUACUGAUUGCUGGCGAGUCAGGAAGAGGCAUGGCAGUUAGAAUAAGUAGAAACCUCCAGGCCGAUGAUUGUGUGUGUGAGGAGGAGGACUACUGUGUGUUUUUAUGCGUGUCUAUACAAGCUUGAGUGGAUGUGUGAGUGUUGUGUAUACCUGUAAACAUGUAUGAUAGAUAACUAGGGAAGGGAGGGUGUUUUCAACAUUUUUUUAAACCUAUAUUAACAUUUAGAAAUGUAUUUUUAUAAAUAAUUUUACUGUAUGUAAAGACAUGCUGGGAUGUGUUCGUUUGCUGUGCGCAAGUGUCGUCUGGUGCAGAACUAAGUUCAGACGAGGUCGUUAACCAAGCUUGUCACAAGAAACGAACUGUGCACCUGGCAGCUAAUUGUCUCUGUUCGUACUCGCAGUCGUAAGAGUAUCGCGAGCGGAGAGGUCGUGACCCCGGUAACGAGGACAGCACGAGCGGUCAGCGGAAAUCUCUGGAAUCGGAGCAUCGAGUGUCACCAAACAUUCCGGUUCUAUGUUAUGAUCAAAAGCCUGAAUAAAUAUUAUAAUAAUCUUAAUUGAACCUGAAUUUGCCGAGAAAACAGGAAGUGACAAAAGGGUAUUAUUUCUAAAAAUAUCCUCGUCUGCUUGAACUGAAUUCGAAGAGCAAAGAUGUCAUCCUUGGUAACAGGAAACACAGCAGGACACAGUGUGUUGUUGUUGUUGUUCUUUCUACACCUUCACGUGAGGGGCUGAGGGCUAGUAAACAGUGAAUGUUGCAGGCAGCUACAUGAGACGAAAUGAGUGUUUACAUCGAUAUAUCUGUGUCAAACUUUUUAUUACAUUAUUCUAAUUUUUAUGUAAAAAAAGUCAUGAUCAGCAGUCAGUUGUGAAUGUAAAAUGAAAAUGCAAUGCUGAAAAUUAACGAUCUAUUGAAUAAAAAAUGUACAUGAAUUUAUCUUAGACAGUCGCAGAUGUGAAAUGUGUUUAUAUUUCAGUAACAACAAUAUAUAUGUAAAUAUUAACUCAAAUUCCCCACACAGUUACAGAUAACAACAAUAAUAAUACAACUUAGACUGCAAUGAUCUUGAAUUAUUGCCCAGUAUUUAGAAAUUAAUUUACUCAUAUUUUGGGAAUUAUUAUUUUUAAACGAGCUUAACCCGACCAUGAAGUAAACACUAUUGCACUCGUGUUAACACCAACUGUAAAUUAUGACGUCAUCACCACACUGGCUCCCCUGUCACCACAUUCCACACGACACAGCACUGGAGACAGGACAAAGGGGAGACCACCCUCUCUUCCGAGGACGAGACAGAUGACAACCUACACUCUCAACGGUCAGCCUCAAUGCUCUGCAAAUAAAAAAAUAUUUUUGUCUAUCCAUCCUGCUGUUUGGAUGCACACAAGAUAUACAGAUAAAUGUACAUUCAGUAGACAAAUAAAUGUUUCCAGUCCAAAC